CCGAGCCUGCUUGACGUUGCUGCUUCUGCUGCUGUGCUGCUACUGUUGCUUCUUCUUUUGCUGCUCCCGAUAGAGGCAGGCAGGCUUUGGGACUGAGAGAGACAGAAUCCUCGGAAAGAGGGAUUGACAGACUGACAAAUAGAGUGAUUGACGGAGGAGGAAUUGGAGUGAAAGAGGACCCAGAGCUGCCACCGCCGCUGCCAACAGCAGACGCUCCGACCCUGGCCCAGUGAGCGGGCGCCCCUUACUCUGCUCUUCCGCCGGAUCCCCGCACCCUCGCGGGGCGAUCGUCAGUGGAUUAUUGGCCCCCGGUGUUCUCAGUUCUCGGAAACAUGAAGCUGCCAUCACUUGUUCUUAAGCUGCUUCUGGCUGCAGUGCUCUCUGCAUUGGUGAGUGGAGAAAGCCUAGAGAGAGUUCAGAGCCGGCUAUCAGAAAACCAGAGGACAGAGAAAGAGAAUCCUGACUCAUCCACUGGAUCGUCAAGCCAGCUGCUUCAUUCACGGGUUAGCAGAACAGAAGUCCUCGACCUACAGGCCGAUGAACGUGACCUUGUUAGAGUUGCAUUCUCUUCCAAACCACAAGCUUUGGUCACUCCAAGCAAAGAAGAAAAUGGAAAGAAGAGAAGAAAAGGCAAGGGAAUGGGGAGGAAGAGAGACCCCUGUUUGCGGAAGUAUAAGGACUAUUGCAUCCAUGGAGCAUGCAAAUAUGUGAAAGAACUUCGGAUGCCGUCAUGCAUCUGCCAAACAGGAUAUCAUGGAGAACGGUGCCACGGACUGAGUCUCCCCGUGGAGAACCCCUUAUAUGGUUAUGACCACACGACAAUUUUGGCGGUGGUGGCAGUAGUGCUCUCUUCGGUCUGUCUCCUCAUCAUUGCUGGGCUGCUCAUGUUCAGGUACCAUAAGAGAGGAGUUUAUGAUGUAGAAAGUGAAGAGAAAGUUAAGCUGGGAACUCCUAUAGCCCACUGAUGGAAAUCCUGAGUGUUUAAGGUAUCAGCUGGGAUGUGCUACCUCCUGAGAAGACACAAAAGCACAGCUGCAAACUCUGCCAACUGGAGGCAUUUCCCCAAUGUUCAUGAAGAUGAAGAUUCCUUUGUUCCAAGCUGAUGUAUCAAUUGGGCCUCUACAACUACUUCAUCAAAAUGCCAGAGCCUCCAAGUGCCAAGCAGAUUUAUGUCAAAGGGAAUCUGGAAAGGAAAAAGGCUCAAGAAAGAGACAAUGAUGUCUCUUCUUCCCUCCUUCCCCCCCCCCAAGUUUAUUUAUACAUUUAUCUUUUGGAUUUAAAAUGCCAGUAAAAUUCCAUAUGCUCUAAAAGUCUUUGACUGAAGAAGGAGAGAUUUGUGGGCUUUAGAAUGAAGGAAAAUGAAAGGAAAAAAAAAAAAAAGACUGAUAAGCCAAGUACUCCAGUAGUCACUGAGAAAUCUGCUUUUUGGACUCUCCAGCUGUAUGUUUGAUGAGCUAACUGUGAAAGACUGCAAGCCCCAGAACAAUGAACUUUGGGACUUUACCUACAUAGAAAAAUAAUUUAACAGAUAUUUUUGUUUGUAAAAAAAAUGCUUUUUAAAUUAUGUAUUUAUUUUAUUCUAUAUAUGUUAAUUUAUUUAGUUUUUAACAAUCUAACAAUAAUAUUUCAAGUGCCUAGACUGUUACUUCAGCAGCAUUUUCAUACCCCACCAUCUGGGUGAAAGAAAAACCUCCUGUAUCUGAGCUUGUUCUUAGACAGCCGUAUUACUUGUCUGUGAUUAUAAUGUAUUAUUGUCUGUGAACAUUUCUGAUGAUAUUGCAUGGGCAGGAUGCCGCAGAGGGGACAGAAUUCUGCACUGUCAGGGUCUAUAUUUCGGGGCUCUAAAAAUGCUCGAUCCACUCUAUGAGUUGGACGGCGGUUUUGCCUAAUGCUUUUUAUAUUGCUGUUUGUUUCAAAUACUGGAUGUGCUGAUGUUGCAAUGUAACAGACUUCAGCCUUGCUCUUGUUUUCUCCCUCUGAAAUCUCAUGAAAGGCACAGGCUCACGGGCUGGCCUGGUUAGCACAACUCGGUGUUUGCCCGGUGAGAUGAAGAGAGUGGGAAAUCACUUUUGUGUCAAUACAUUUCUACUAUUCCAACACUUCACCUGGUGCUACUCCACAUAUCCAGAGGUGCGGCCCUGAAAACUAGGUGCUGGAUGGGUUAACAAAAUGAAGGGGCAAAGAGAGAAUUGGGAUGGAAGACAAACAGAAAAAUCUGAAUCUAUAGGUCUCUGUUGUUUAAAACAGAUGCUUUGUCUGUGAGAAGGAAGGGUGGAUUACUUUCUAAGCAUAUCCCACCCAUCAAAAUUCCAAAACAAGAACAAAACAUUUCUGCCAUUGUUAAUUAACUCCAAGUUUCUAGCAACUUUACUGAACUGUUACAUUCUAUACUUCCAAAUCUGGUUCAUAUUUACACUCUACAACCCAAAUAAAAAUAACCUUUACUCGAUAA